AUGCGUCAGUAUUUAUUUGCAUUUAAAUCUAAUUUGAUCAAACGAAAAAUGGCGUCGUUGGCCAAUACAGUAGUUGAUAUAGCAGUUGAAUCAACAUCUAAUAGAAUUAACCCAGCUGCAGUUAUUCCAUCCUCAAUGGCACCAUUUGUUGAGAAUGAAAAAAUAAAUUUAAAACAAAUUGCAAGUAAUUUUGUACCACGAUAUUUUGAAUUUCGAACAAAAGAUCGAGAUAAAAAAUUGAAUGUGGUUCAACUUAUGUCAGAAUAUGAUGGUAAUUUUUCUACACCUGUUUGUUAUCUUCGAUUUUAUCUACAGCGUGCAGGAAAAUUUAUUCAAUUUGCUGAAGAAUUAGGAACAUUAAGCGGUCCGGAAGAAAUUAAUCGAUUGAAUUGUAUGCGUAUUUAUAAAGAUUUUAUUCAACGUUAUACCGACCUAAUUGGAGCUAUUCAAACUCAUGAAAAUCAAUGUGAUGGACGUUUAUUUCGACGUUCUAUUGAACGAAUGCAACCUGAAAUUGCACAUGUACCAAUGAAUUUACAUUUACAACAAUUAUUAAUCAGCAAUAGUGAUGAUCCUUCACAGAAAUCAAUUUAUAAUACGGUUACAUUAGGUGCACCAGCUGUACAUCAUUCUCGUUUUACUCAUGGUGGACUUGCACGAAUGAAAGCUAACAUCCUUGAAAAAAAUAAACGUUUAUGUGAUUUACAAGAAAAAUUACAAGAAGUUCUUAUUCUUAAUAGUGAUAUUGAUGAUGCACUUGAUCAUUUAACACAAAUUCUUGAAAGUCCAUCAACAAAUAUUGAACGUUCUGUACUUAAAUUAUCUCUUGAAAGAGUUGUUAAAGCUGUCUUCUCUUUACUGGAAUACUCAAGCAAAGAUCUUGAUUCAAUAUCUAAUUCUGCAGGACAAAUGAUUGUUAAUCCAUUAUUACCAAAAGUACCUGCUCAAGAAGUAUCUGAAACACAUGAUAAUAUACGUGACAAAGCAAAAAGACUUUUAGACGAGAUUAAAUUGUCUUUAAAUAAAGAUGAACAAACAUUUGAUACACCACAAUUAAAUAAUUUAAAAUCAAUUGCUGAAGAACUUGAACGUGAUACAUGUAAACAUAUUAUUCGAUAUAUAUUUCAAGAGAGUAUGGAAAUUGAACGUUAUCCUCAAGUUUAUCGUGAACGCUUUGAUAUUGCAUUUUCUCAAGCAGUAAUUACAAUAAUAAAAUAA